GAAACGCGAAGCAGGCCAGUCGCUCGUGUGCGGGGCUCCGCGUCGGAUGUCGAGCAUAGAUACUUCCAUGUGUCCUUUUAUCGUUUCUUCGCGUUCAUUGUCAAGCAUACGCGAUCGUGUAAUCAUAGUAGAGAGGAGGAGAUGGUGCUCCGUAAGAAUGUUUACCGAAGGAACGCUUGUCUCGUGUGAUUUUAUUAAAACGUUUGGGAAGUAACGUGUACGCAAGCGCGCGUUGGUUUGCGACGAAAAAGAAUCGGGCAGGCAUAGAGAGAAAGAGAGAGAGAGAGAGAGAGAAAGAGAGAUAGAGAGAAGAAUAGAGAGAGAGAGAAGAGAAAGAGCAAAAGCGAGGAAUUGGCAUCGGCGACACGGGCGCGUCUUUAACGUGCCUGAGGACCGACCUGACCGAUCGACCGUCAUCGUUUCUUUCCCCGUAGUUUAUAUAUCUCUCUCUCUCUCAUUUAAUACAGAACAACGGCAGACGACAUAAGAAAGAUAUUCUUAUUAAAGAAGGAAGGAAGUAAAGAGUCAUGGUAUCGAGAUACCACGACGCUACUUCCGACUUCGCUUCUCAGGAUCGUUUCGGUACAUAUUGUUGUCGUACCCAGGACAUGGCCUGUGAUCGUGCUGACUCGGACUUCGAGUUCUCUAUACCGCCCGAGGCCCCUGUAUUUGAGCCCAGCACUGAGGAGUUCCUCGACCCUCUUGGAUAUAUCGCAAAAAUAAGACCGAUCGCUGAGAAAUCUGGCAUCUGCAAGAUCAAACCUCCGCCCAAUUGGCAGCCACCAUUCGCAGUUGACGUUGACAAAUUCAAAUUUGUACCACGGAUACAAAGAUUAAAUGAAUUAGAAGCUAAAACUAGGAUAAAACUCAAUUUCUUAGAUCAAAUUGCUAAGUUCUGGGAAUUACAAGGAUCUUCAUUAAAAAUACCUCUUGUGGAGCGUAAAGCUUUGGAUUUAUAUUCCUUGCACAAGAUUGUCACUGACGAAGGAGGUGUAGAAACAGUAACAAAGGAAAGAAGAUGGGCAAAAAUUGCCAACAAAUUAGGUUAUCCUUCUGGAAGAAGCGUUGGAAGUAUUUUAAAAAAUCACUACGAAAGAAUUUUAUACCCAUUUGACGUAUUUAAACAAGGAAAAGCAUUGACUGAUAUUAAAAUAGAACCAGAUUCUGAUGAAAAAAUUGAGAAAAGAGAUCGUGAUUACAAACCGCAUGGAAUAAUUUCAAGGCAACAAAUCAAACCUCCUGCAGAGAAGUUUUCACGUCGUUCAAAGAGAUUUUCUGGCCAGGAAGAAAAGCAAGAAGUCGGUAUUAAGCAAGAAGAUUGCAAAGAAGAAUGUGAUUCCGAUCAUGACUGCAGAGAAGGUAUCGUUAGAAGCAGAUAUGUAGAUAAUGAUAAAAGUAAGGAACUUAAGAAAUUACAAUUUUAUGGAGCCGGUCCAAAAAUGGCUGGUUUUAAUACCAAAGAACCAAAGAAGUCUAACAAAACUAGAGGUGUUAAGCUAACGUACGAGUUUGACCCACUUGCAAAGUACAUUUGUCAUAAUUGUGGGAGAGGUGACAAUGAAGAAAAUAUGCUUCUGUGUGAUGGCUGUGACGAUAGCUACCACACAUUUUGUCUAAUGCCACCUUUAACAGAAAUACCUAAGGGAGAUUGGAGGUGUCCAAAAUGUGUUGCAGAAGAAGUUUCAAAACCGAUGGAGGCUUUUGGUUUUGAACAAGCACAAAGAGAGUACACCCUUCAACAAUUUGGUGAAAUGGCAGAUCAAUUCAAAAGCGACUACUUCAACAUGCCAGUACAUAUGGUUCCAACUUCGUUAGUAGAAAAAGAAUUCUGGAGAAUAGUUUCAUCUAUUGACGAAGAUGUGACAGUAGAAUAUGGUGCAGAUUUACAUACCAUGGAUCAUGGAUCUGGAUUUCCAACGAAAACAAGUGUUAAUUUAUUUACGUGUGAUCAAGAAUAUGCCGAAUCCUCAUGGAAUUUAAACAAUUUACCGGUUUUACGUGGUAGUGUAUUAGGUCAUAUUAAUGCGGAUAUUAGUGGCAUGAAGGUCCCAUGGAUGUAUGUCGGCAUGUGUUUUGCAACAUUUUGUUGGCACAACGAAGAUCAUUGGAGUUAUUCUAUUAAUUACUUACAUUGGGGAGAACCAAAAACAUGGUAUGGCGUACCUGGUUCUCAGGCAGAAAAAUUUGAACAGUCUAUGAAGUCUGCUGCACCUGAAUUAUUUCACAGUCAACCUGAUCUGUUACAUCAAUUAGUAACAAUUAUGAAUCCAAAUAUCUUAACAAAUGAAGGAGUAUCGGUGUUUAGAACCGAUCAACAUGCUGGUGAAUUUGUUGUAACAUUUCCAAGAGCAUAUCAUGCAGGUUUCAAUCAAGGUUAUAACUUUGCAGAGGCUGUAAAUUUUGCACCUGCAGACUGGCUCAAAAUGGGAAGAGAGUGCAUCACACACUAUUCAAAUUUAAGGCGGUUUUGUGUAUUUUCUCACGACGAAUUAGUAUGCAAAAUGUCUUUAGAUCCAGAUUCAUUAGAUAUUGGAAUUGCUACAGCUACUUAUCAUGACAUGUUACAAAUGGUAGACGAUGAAAAAAAAUUGCGAAAAAAUUUAUUGGAGUGGGGUGUAACAGAGGCUGAACGCGAAGCCUUUGAGUUAUUACCAGAUGAUGAACGACAGUGUGAAGCCUGUAAAACAACUUGUUUUUUAAGUGCAGUUACAUGUUCGUGUCACAAUUCCCAAUUGGUUUGUUUAAGACAUUUUACAGACCUUUGUGAUUGUCCACCAGAAAAACAUACGUUACGGUAUCGUUAUACGUUAGACGAAUUGCCCAUUAUGUUACAAAAGUUAAAGUUGAAAGCCGAGUCUUUUGACUCAUGGGUAACUAAAGUUAAAGAAGCCAUGGAUCCAAAGAAUGAUAAAGUUGAACUUAGUGAGUUGAAAGAACUUUUGAAUGAAGCAGAAAAUAAAAAGUUCCCGGAUAGUGAAUUGUUAACAGCUUUAACAACGGCUGUACAAGAUGCUGAGAAAUGUGCAAGUGUUGCACAACAGCUGUUAAACAAUAAACAACGUACAAGGACCAGGCAAUCUGUAGAGACAAAAUAUAAAUUAACUGUGGAAGAACUGACAUUAUUUUAUAAAGAAAUAACAAAUUUAUGUUGCGAAUUAAAAGAGUCCGAUGGCGUAAAGUUUAUAUUGGAUCAGGUAUUACAAUUUCAAAGUGACGCAGAGGACUUGGAGUCUAAAGAAGAUGAUUGUAAUAUCGAUAAACUAGAAAAGUGUAUAGAGUUUGGAGAUUCCAUAUGUAUCGAACUACCACAACUUGUACGCUUAAAACAGAAAUUAGCACAAAUGCAAUGGCUUGAAGAAAUAAAAUCCCUUCAAGAAGAUCCAAAGUCCAUAAGUCGUGAGGAUUUGGUAAGAUUAAUAGAAAAGGGAACGACGAUACCUCCGCACUUUAAAAUAGAAAGUACUCUAGCAGAAUUACGAACGUUGAUGACUGCGAUCGAUAAGUGGGAAGAAAAAGCAAAGAUAUAUUUGAAUGCGAGGAAUAGGCCGACAAUUUCAGCAGUCGAAGAAUUUGUUCACGAAGCCGACGAAGUGGAAGCUUAUCUUCCAAGUUUAAAUACUUUGCAAGAUAUAUUAAGUCGAGCGAAAAAUUGGUCGAACAUGGUGGAAGAGAUUCAAGGGAGAGAAAAUUUUCCAUAUUACGAUACAUUAGAUGACAUUGUUAGAAAAGGAAGGAGUAUUUCAUUACAAUUGGAUACUCUUUCGAUGUUAGAAUCUACACUUUCUCAAGCUAAAGCUUGGAAAGAAAGAACAGUAAGGACAUUCCUAAGAAAAAAUUCACACUAUACACUGAUGGAGGCCUUAUCACCGCGUAUUGGAGUUGGUGUUCAAGCAAUGAAGACAAAGAAAAAUAAAGGCGAUGAAUCCGUCGGUGCUGUGUUCGUUUGUGAUACAAAACUCGAUGAUUCGAAUGACUCUGCGACUGUCGUAGCCGCGUUCAAAUUGGCAGAACAACGUGAGAUGGAUGCUAUGAGAAGUUUAAGGGAAAGAAAUUUAUUAAAAGCUGAGAUGGAUGAUUCUAGAUAUUGUGUGUGUCGUAGACCAAGAUUUGGACUUAUGCUUCAGUGUGAGCUUUGCAAAGAUUGGUUCCAUUCGAAUUGUGUGCCGUUACCUAAGACAACGUAUAAAGGCAAAGUACCGAUGUCAAGAGAGGUGAAAUUUUUGUGUCCAUGUUGUUUACGUUCAAGAAGGCCUCGUUUGGAAACGAUUUUAGCACUUUUAGUUAGCCUUCAAAAGAUCUCAAUACGUUUACCUGAAGGCGAAGCGUUGCAAUGUCUGACAGAAAGGGCAAUGAACUGGCAGGACCGUGCAAGGCAAGCUUUAGCCACGGAAGAAAUUUCCUCGGCAUUGGCUACGUUAUCGGCACUUUCUCAAAAAUUGGUCGAAGCUGCCGCCAGAGAAAAGACGGAAAAGAUUAUUAGUAGCGAAUUAAAGAAAGCAGCUAAUAAUCCCGAAUUACAUCAAAGAGUACAAGCUAUCGCACCUCUGAGUGGUGUUCAUUCUGACGACAGUGUGCUUAGCACAGCGGAUGACGACGAUGAUGUCGUUACGAUCGACGACGAUGAACCAACAUGUAGUACUUUCAAUAGUAAUGAACAUGCCUAUUCUUACAUUUCAAAACUCCAACGUAAAUCUCAAUCAAGUGAUUCCUCAGAAACAGCAGUAAUCCUGUCGCACAGUGCGAGACAACAUCUUGAAGAAUUAAUGAUGGAAGGAGACUUACUAGAAGUUGCAUUAGACGAGACACAACAUAUUUGGCGUAUUUUAAGUCAUACGAAUAGUCCGAGUACUAUUAGAAAAUAUGCGGCACUUGAAGAAAUUCAAACUAAUUGUAAUCAAGAAACUAAGGAUGCUAAGAAACGUGGUAGAAAGAGAAAAUCUGAAGAAUUUGAAUUAUUGAAGAAGCUUGGAAAGCAAAAAAUCGACGACAAAAGUUUGGUUAAACGUAAGGGAUUGGUUAAAGAGAAAAAAUCGGCUAGUUCACCGGUACCUAUAAAACGUGGUCCACGGAAGAUGAAACGAAAAGAGGGAGAGGAAGGUCCAAAGAAGAGAGGAGGUAACAGAAAGAAAACUAAGCAAGACACUUCGGACGAGGAAGAAGAUUGCGCUGCUGUUAAUUGUUUACAUCCUAGUGGUAGAGAAGUUGAUUGGGUGCAAUGCGAUGGGGGAUGCGAAGGUUGGUUUCAUAUGCAUUGCGUUGGUCUUGAUCGAACAGAAAUCGCAGAAGAAGACGAUUACAUUUGUAGUAAUUGUAAAGAGACAGACCAAAAUGUAACGUAUCGAGCAGGAAUCUAUGUCGAAAAAAAAGAUGGAAAGAAAAGAAAAAGAAAAAUUCCAAGUUGGUCGUGUAGUCGGUCACGUAAAUGCAGUGGAUGAACCGGGAUGAUAAUAAUAAUGCAUUUUUCGUUAUAUCACAACGAGAUAUAGAUACCUUUUGAGACUUUAUAACUCGUUUGUGUGAAUAAUUAUUGAUAAAACAACUUGUGUCUUCUGCUUGUCUCAUGAACUCUCCCCCUCGCUACUAAUGCAGACGGUAAAAACAAAACAGAACACAGUAAAACAAACAGAAAAAAGAAAUAUAUAAAAUGAUAUAUUUGAUGGUGUGGAGAAAAUGAAGGAAGUGGUGGAAAAAAUGGAAGAGGAAGAGGAAAAGGAAGAGGAAGGACAACAGCGACAACAACGACUCUAAAAAAAACCGGAGCAACGUUUAUUACCGAUGAUUUACCGAAGUACAAUCUGUAGUGUUCCUUGAAGACUAUCAUGUAAAAACAAAAAGAACAGUGAAGUUAAACAACCAAACAAACACAUGGACGAUUGAAAAGUGCGAUAAACUAUUAGAAAAUUAUAUAUAAGUAACAAUAGUUAACGUUUUUCCAUCUAAGAAUUUAUAUAUAUAUAUAUGUGUGUGUGUGUAUAUAUAUAUAUAUAUAUAUAUAUAUAUAUAUAUAUAUAUAUAUAUAUAUAUAAUUAUUCAUUAAAAUGAAAUAUAUAAUUUGGAAACAACAGCAACAACAAUACUAACAACAACAACAACAACAACAACAUUAACAACAACAACACACUUUUCUCUAAUUAAUGGAAAAAAUUCCGUCGAAUUUUAUAUCGGCUUUUAAAAUGAUACGGGGUGCACAAAAAUUAUGUUUAAUUUUUUUUUUGCACCUGGUUAUAUUGUACAUACAGAUAGACUGAGAGAGAGGGAGAUAGAGCGUAUAUGUUGUGUGUGUAUAUGUGUAAGAGAGUGAGAAACGAUGAGAGAGAAAGUAAGAGUGUGAGAAAGACGUAUGUGUGAUCUAUUAAGAUAAAAUUAUACAUAUAUACAUGUAUAAAUUAUAUAUAUAUAUAUAUAUACAUAGAAAUAUAUAUAUAUAUAGAUGUGUGUGUGUGUAUAUAUAUAUAUAUAUAUUAUAUAUAUAUAUAUAUAUAUAUAUAUAUAUAUAUAUAUAUAUAGAAAUAAUUAUGUAUGUUAGGUUGAUAAUAAUUAAUAUUAUUCUUAGAAUAUAAGGAUACACAUAUAAUCACUUUGUAUAAAAGAGACAAGAUUUACAUGCUACAUUGAAGAUAAGCAUGUCAUCUUUACUCUGCCUUCUACGAAAUAGCUAUUAAUCGAGAUAACAUUGUUUCGUAUUACCCCCGAUUCCAUAUCCCCUAAAAUCUCAAGGCCUUUUUUUAUUUUCUUUAAUCUUUUUUUUUUUAAAUCUUUUAUUUCUCAUGAAUUUUUCAACGUAUAUAACGACGUCUUAUUUAUUUUUCUUAGAUACUUAAUUACUUAAUUAUUAUUAUUAUUGUUACAUAUAUUUCUUUUUUAUUUUGCAUAAAAAUUAAUAAUAAUAAUUUUUUUAAUAUAUGAGACACGAAUUUAAACUUUUUAGCUUUAAUCUUUGGAUGUAUGUGAAUUUCGAAUGUUUGAAUUAAUGAAUUAUUGCAGGAUAUUUAUCUUCCGUUUUUUUUUCUUUUUCAUUUAAUUAUUUUAUUAUUAAAAUAAAAUUUAUUUACGCUAACGAAGUAUGAUAUAUGUACAUUUAAAAUGUAAGUCCAUUAAAGUGUCUCCUUUAUUUGCAAUCAUUUUCUUAGUCUGGUUAUACUCAUAAGCAGAAUGCAGAGUUUACAAUGUAUAAAUAAAAGAACGAAAGAAAGAAAAACAAAAAAAGAAAAUAUAUAUAUAUAUAUAUAUAUAUAAAAUAAAUUUAGAGAAAUACUUUUACCUUAGAUUUAAGAACUGGCGUAUCGCGUUUGAUGCAAAUCGACGUAUAAAACUUUGUACAAUGACAUAAUUGUUAAGAGAAAAAGGAAUACUAUUAAAAAAGAGUAUCAACAACAA